AUGGGGGCGCGUCGAACGGAGCGCUGGGCCGCGUCGCUCGGGGCUUGGCGCCCGGGCGACGUCGCCGCCGCUCGGCGUCUCUACCGAGACAUCCGCCGCGCCCGCACCGAAGAUCCCAGGUCGAGGGCGACCGCACCCGCCGACGUGUCCUCGGAUAACCCGCUGCAGGCCACCGAGGAUUCGGGCUGGGGGGAGUACUUCAGGACCGCGGAGGUGCGGGAUACCAUCGCGCUCGACCUGGAGCGCCUGCAUCCCGGGGACGAAUUCUACAGCGCGCCCGACGUCCAGCAGGCGCUGCUGAACCUGCUGCUGGUGUGGUCCCUCGAGAACCCGCGGCUGGGGUAUCGGCAGGGCAUGCACGAGCUCGCGUCGUUGGUGUUUUCGCAGAGGGCAAAGGACGCCGCGUCGAGCGACCCCGGCGGCCAUCGCUGGGGACACUCCCCGGCCGCGCCGUCGAUGGAUGCCACCGCGGAUGACGAAGUAGGGCUGACGAGCGCACCGGAACUGAGCGCAUCGCACGUGGAGCACGACGCGUACGCCAUGUUCGCGGCGCUCAUGGGCGCGGAUCGUAACAAUCGUAACGACGGACGCCGCAUCCGAAUGGCGUCGUUCUUCGAGGAUCCGCCGGGAAAGGGCGCCAAGAGCGGGGUGCAGACGGCGUGCGACCGCGUGUACGCGAGGCUGGAAAAGGUCGACCCGGCGCUGAGAAGGCACCUGGACGGGGUUGGCAUCGAGCCGCAGCUGUUUUUGCUGCGGUGGUUGCGGGUGCUAUUCAGCCGAGAGUUUCACCUCCACGACGCGAUGGUGAUUUGGGACGCCGUCAUCGCGACGAACGACCCGAACGACCCCCCGAACGACGAGACGGGCGCUCUCGUCGGCGAUGAGCUCUCGUCGGCGAUGAGCGGCAUCGACUACGCGAACCCCGGCGCGAUGGAUUUCAUCGAAUCCUUCGCCGUCGCGAUGCUCCUCUUUGUCCGUUCCGACGUUCUCGCGACGGACGACUUCGGCUCGUGCCUGCGAAGGUUGCAAAAGUUUCCCCCGUGCGAAGACGUCGCCGCCCUCGUCGAGCGGGCGAGGACGGCGAGUCACGGGAAGGUUGACGCGGACGAAUGGAUCCCGAAAUCGCACCCGAAACCGCCCCCAUCCUCCGCGACCGCGAAAACCCGGCUCGACGAAAACCGCGACCGUGACGGCCAAGUUCCGCCGGGUCACUCGGGGCCUGGAAGCGGCUUGGGGUCCAGGGCGAACGACUUCCUUGCCAAGGCGGCGGGCGCGGGGGGCGCGGCGCGGGACCGCGCGUCGGCGCUCAUCGGCCGCGCGAAGGUUCGCGCCGCGGACGUCAUGGGUAAAUUGAAAUCGGACGUUGAGGAAGGGACGGGGUCGGGCGUCAGGUACGACGUCGGACUCGGCGAGACCUACCUCGGGUCGUCGGCGCAGCCGGAGCUUCCCGGGGUCGAAGGGUCAAAGGGGCUCGAAGGGUCAAUGGGGGUCGAAGGCGGUGAAGGCGUUUUGAAAGGCGCUUUGAAACCAAUCGCGUCGACGCCGGCGACGGCGAUUCCCCGGCGAUUGUCCGAGGACGUAAAGUCGGAGACGUCGCCGCGGUCGCGGUCGCCCUCAUCGCCGACACACCACCUGUUGCGGCCCCGUUUUGAGCCUUCGGAGGGCGGCGAGGGUGGCGACGAGGAAGGGGACGAGUUCAGGUACGGUGAGAUGAAAUCGCCGACUCGGCCCGUGUUUGACGCCCCGGCGACGGGAUACGAGGAGAUUGUUCCCCGCGAAGCCUCGCCGGAACUUUCCGCGCGGGUUUCGCCCGCCGCGGGAAUCGAACCCGCGACGACGACGACGACGCGCGCGUCCGUCCCUCCCGUGGUGAGCGCGUUGCGCGAUGCCGGCCUGAUCGAUCCCAGCCCCGACGGCCGGGCCGAGGCGCUCUUCGGGCGGACGACGACGACGGGCGGACUCGACGGCGUGAAACGCGUCGGCGGACUCUUCGACGACGACGACCCCGAGACGGCCGGGGGUUUGUUCGAUCCGUCGCCGCCAAAAAACGGUUCAAAAAACGGCCCCCUCGGCGGCGGCGGCGGCGGCGGCCGGAUAGGUGCGACGCCAGGCAUGGGCGCCAAGGUGCGGAGCCUCUUCGCGGACGACGGGGACGAGGAUCCGCUCUUCGGCGGCGGCGGGGGAAGACGGGGAAAACGUUUGGGUUCCGGAAUUGGAAUUUACGACGAGGGCUCAAAAACGGUUCAAAAAACGGCCCCCUCGGCGGCGGUGAGGGAGGCGGCGAGCGCGAUCGAAGGGGUGUUGACGCGCGGCGAGGUCACGGACGAGGCCGCGGCCGGGGACCUUCGCGAGGCGCUGGUCAGGUUGAGGAGCGCGGCGGCGAAGCUCGAGGUGCGAGGAUAA